CCAAACCACGUGGGCGCGCUGGGCACUGCGGGGCAUUGGUGCCGCCGCCGUGAUCGCUGCAGCGGUGGGGGUGGCUGCUUGCUUGGCUGGGCGGCGGGAUCAUGGCGGGGCAGUCGCCUUCCCUCAGCUACAUGGGCUGCAACUUCCUCCGGCAGAGGCUGGUGCUGGCCACGCUGAGCGGGAGGCCGGUGAAAAUCCGCCAGAUCCGGGCCAAGGAGGAGGAUCCCGGCCUCAGAGAUUUUGAAGCAAGUUUUAUACGGCUGAUUGACAAAGUGACCAAUGGCUCUAGGAUUGAAAUAAAUCAAACAGGAACCACGUUAUAUUAUCAACCCGGCCUUCUAUAUGGGGGUUCCUUGGAACAUGACUGCAGCCCCAACCGUAGCAUUGGUUAUUAUUUGGAAAGUCUGUUGUGCCUGGCACCUUUUGUGAAGCAUCCAUUAAGAAUUAUCCUCAGGGGAGUAACAAAUGAUCAAGUUGAUCCUUCAGUAGAUGUCCUUAAGGCAACAGCUCUUCCCUUGUUGAAAAAAUUUGGAAUUGAUGGUGAAGGUUUGGAAUUGAAGAUCACCAGAAGAGGAAUGCCCCCCAAAGGGGGUGGGGAGGUGGUAUUUUCCUGUCCAGUAAGGAAAACCUUGCAGCCCAUUCAGUUCACAGAUCCUGGCAAGAUCAAGCGCAUCAGAGGAACAGCAUUUUCAGUCAGAGUGUCACCACAGAUGGUAAACAGAAUUGUGGAUUCAGCACGAAGCAUCCUAAAUAAGUUCAUUCCAGAUAUAUAUAUCUACACAGAUCACAUGAAGGGGACCAGCUCUGGAAAGUCUCCAGGUUUUGGCCUGUCUCUUGUUGCAGAAACCAUCAAUGGCACUUUUCUCAGUGCUGAAUUGGCUUCUAACCCUCAGGGCCAGGGAGCUGCUGUACUCCCAGAAGAACUUGGUCAGAACUGUGCAAAGCUGUUGCUGGAAGAGAUUUACAGAGGAGGUUGCGUAGAUUCAACAAACCAGAGCCUGGUUCUGCUCCUCAUGACCCUUGGACAGCAGGAUGUUUCCAAAGUCCUGCUAGGGCCGCUGUCUCCGUACACAAUUGAGUUUCUGCGACAUUUGAGAAGUUUCUUCCAGAUUAUGUUUAAAAUUGAAACCAAAUCAUCUGAUGAAGAGCACAAAGGUGGAGAGAAAGUCUUAAUGACAUGUGUUGGCAUUGGAUUUUCCAACCUUAACAAGACAAUAAAGUGAUAAACAUCUUCUGAAAUACUGAAAUGUGAAGUCAAAAGUGAUGCAAAAAAGAUUUGGUUUAACUUUGUAGAUAUAAAACGUUUGUGCCUGUACCAUUUUCCUUUUCCCCCCAGACUUAAGGGUUGCUGACUUGAAAAAUAUUUAGUUUUCACUUUUACCCUUUUUGUGAAAAAGUUAAUGAGGGAGAAGCAAGAAAACUGACCACGAGAGAAGUAUGAUGCAAAAUGAUGUACCAAAAUGGAGGUGGAGUUGUAAGGCCACUUCAAAGUAGUACCUAAACUGAGACAAGGUACAAGCUGGUUUAUAGAUUUCACACAGAGAGAGUUUGUCAAGUGCCUUGAUCCUGCAAACACUCAUGUAGUCCCAUGAUCUUCAACAGGACUUUGCUCAAACAAAUGAAAGCUACACAUACAUAAGUGUUUGUAAGACUGCGGCCUGAGUCUUGUAUGGACAUUGAAUAAGAGCCUUCAGGUGCGUGCAGAAGCUCCUCCAGAUUCACUAGCUUUGGAUCAAAUCCUAAACGUUCAAGUUCAGUGCACUGCAGGUCUGGGGAAUAAGGAAAAAAUAAAUGCCACGUAAGUUCUAAAAUAUAGUGAAAGAUGCAUCUUCCUGUACUGGGCUCAAUCAGUCCUCUUCCACCAGGUUGGAAGGAGAAAUCUUUUGACAGAGUAUUUUAUCUGUAAACUGUGUUAUUUCAGAUAUUUUAUUUCACUGGCAGAGCAACUGUCCCAAUUUGUUCAUUGUACAUUAUUGCCAUAUGCUCCAGAAUGGAGUUGCUGUGACCAUUUGGGAAAGAAAACAACCUGGCUUCAUAACUGCAAGAUAAAGCUGCAUGUGGUCUUGUGUAACUGCUCUUUCUGUGGGGGAAGGGAAGUUUGCCUGGAAUUUCUUUCCUAAAAUCUGGUGGAGGCAUCUCAGGGCAUUUGUACACAUACACUUGUCUGCUCUGGAAUGGAUUUAAUUAAUCGAGCCUGCAGAGCACGCAAGCUGAUGUGCCUGGUGCUGCAUCACAUCCAUUUGUAUAAACAACGAAAUGCACAUCAGCACUGAGAAAGUGGCAGCAGUGUGUUUUUGAACUAAAAGACUUUGAUGUGUUUUUACACCACUAGAAGAUACAGUGAUAUUAUAACAUCUUUAUCAAUUAUUGUUGUAAGAUGUGUAUCCCUCUCUCUGAUAGAGAUCUGUUGUUCCCAUGCAGGAAUUUGAAAAAAGUUGGAUAUUUGACUGGGUUUUUUUAGAGGCUGUAGUCUAAUUUUUGUACUGUUUUGUACCUAUCUGCCUACGUAAGUUUCUGCCUCCAGGAAUAAAAUAAAAUCUA